UCUCUCUCUCUCUCUCUCUCUCUACUGUGAAAACCCUUUCCGAUUUUCUUCUAUAAAAGGUUUGAUUCUGUUGUUGACCCACAUUGUUCGAGAUUCUCGAAAUCUCGAUUCUCGAUUACUUUUGUCGGUGUAAUGUCCUUUUCGAGAAUGCGCGUUCCUUCAGCUCACAAGCCACCGAUCGACCGUACAAAUGGAUCUUCUAGAAGACGGCUAUAAAUCCGCCUCAUUAAAUACGGCAUCAUCCGCAUUUUUCUCCGCUAACCAGUCUCCAAAUUCGGACAAUCCAUGCCUAAAAAUGGAUUCCCCAAAAAAGAAAGAUUCCACAAACCUCGAUUCGGAAUCUUUAACCAGCAUCAGAUUCGGAUCCACCGAUGUAUACAACAGCGCUCUAUCGAGCUACAGUUUCCACCCUUCGAAAGACAAGGGCAAAAGGGUAAAUAGAUUGCCGGAAAUCUCGCCCCAACCAUCUCCCUUCACCUCCAACAACCGAUCGAGAAGCUACGACGUGUACAUAGGUUUUCACGGGCGUAAACCUUUGUUACUUAGGUUCACAAACUGGCUCCGGUCCGAAUUAGAGGUACAAGGUUUGAGCUGCUUCGUAACCGACAGAGCCAGGUGUCGGAAUUCCCGAAAGCACAGAAUAGUCGAGAGAGCAAUGGACGCCAGCUCGUUCGGAGUUGUGGUAUUGACGAAAAAGUCCUUCAGAAAUCCCUACUCGAUCGAAGAGCUCCGAUUCUUCUCCGGCAAGAAGAAUCUCGUCCCUGUGUACUUUGACGUGGGCCCCGCCGACUGCCACGUCAGAGACAUAACCGAGAAGCAGGGUGAGGUUUGGGGCGGCAAAUAUGGCGGCGAGCUUUGGCUGCACUAUGGCGGGGUCGAGAAGGAGUGGAGGGAGGCCGUGGCGGCACUUUCGUUUUCCGACGAGUGGAAAUUGGAGGCGAGUGGCGGCAAAUGGAGGGAUUGCAUAUUACGAGCCGUCACUCUUUUGGCGUUGAGAUUAGGGAGGCGGAGCAUUGUGGAUAGGCUGAGCAAGUGGAGAGAGAAAGCAGAGAGGGAAGAAUUCCCUUACACUCGAAACGAGAAUUUCGUCGGUCGAAAAAAGGAGAUAUCGGAGAUCGAAUUCAUGCUGUUCGGCGAUGUUUGUGGUGAUUCUGAAAAAGACUAUUUCGAUCUGGAGACGAAACCCAAAAAACCUGACGAAAAACAGAGUAGCAAGAGUAAAGGGAAAGAGCCGAUUAUAUGGAAAGAAUCCGAAAAGGAAAUCGAAAUGAACACCACCACCGAACAACCAUUGAAGUACAGGAGCAACGGGAGUAGAAGACGAAGAAGACGAUCGAACAGAGUUAUUUACGGAAAAGGGAUCGCGUGUAUAUCGGGCGAACCGGGUAUCGGCAAAACGGAGCUGCUUUUGGAAUUUGCUUAUCGUUUCCGCCAAAGGUAUAAAAUGGUGCUUUGGAUCGGAGGAGAAAGCAAAUACAUUCGACAAAAUUAUCUUAAUUUGUGGUCGUUUUUGGAAAUCGAUGUUGGUGUGGAGAGCUCUUCUUCAGAGAAAGGCCGAACGAAGAGCUUCGAAGAACAAGAGGAAUCCGCCAUAGCUAGGGUUCGAAAGGAGCUCAUGCGCGAUAUUCCGUUUUUAGUAAUAAUCGACAAUUUGGAGAGCGAAAAAGAUUGGUUUGACCACAAGCUCGUGAUGGAUCUUCUUCCCCGUUUCGGCGGCGAAACUCAUGUAAUAAUCUCCACUCGUCUCUCUCGGGUGAUGAAUAUCGAGCCUUUAAAGCUCUCUUUCCUAUCGGGAAUCGAAGCGGUGUCUUUAAUGCAAGGGGUUGUAAAAGACCAAUCGAUUACGGAAAUCGAUGCUUUACGAGCUAUCGAGGAGAAACUAGGGAGGCUUACGCUCGGCCUUGCUAUAGUAGGGGCAAUUUUGUCCGAGCUUCCGAUUAAUCCGAGUAGAUUGUUAGAUACCGUAAAUAGAAUGCCAUUGAGGGAUAUAACAUGGAGCGGCCGCGAAAAUCAUUACCUAAGACGAAACAAUUUCCUCUUGCAGCUCUUCGAGGUUUGCUUCUCGAUAUUCGACCACGCCGACGAAAGUUUAGCGACGAGAAUGGUUCUUGCUAGCGGCUGGUUCGCUCCGGCGGCGGUCCCCACCUCCAUUCUAGCUCUCGCCGCCCACGGAAUACCGGAGAAGCACCACCACCGCCGCCUGUGGAGGAAGAUUAUGUACUCGUUGACGUGCGGCUUCACAUCGAAUUACGCUCGGAAAUCCGAAGAAGAAGCUUCUUCGUUACUAUUGAGAUUUAAUAUAGCAAGAGGAUGCACAAAACAAGGGUACAUUCGUUUCAACGAGCUCGUGAGCUUGUACGCGCGCAAGAGGGGCGUUUUGGGCAUUUCACACUCGACGGUGCGGGCGGUGUUCUAUCGAGGAUCCGUGGCCCACGACCCGGAUCAUAUAUGGGCCGCAUGUUUCCACCUCUUCGGGUUCGGCAAGGAUCCGAUUCUCGUCAAUCUCAAAGUGACCGAAUUGCUGUUUGUUGCUAAAGAGGUGGUUCUGCCGCUGGCGGUAAAGACGUUUAUGACCUUCUCGAGGUGCGGGACGGCAAUGGAGCUGCUCCGCCUCUGCACGGAGGCGCUGGAGGCGGCGGACCAGACGUUCGUGACACCUGUCGAGAAGUGGUUGGACAGGUCGCUGUGCUGGAAACCCGUCCAGACAAACGCUCAGUUGAAUCCUUGUCUGUGGCAAGAACUCGCACUAACGAGAGCUUCGGUUUUGGAAGUGCGCGCAAAGCUUAUGGCGAGAGGCGGGUUAUUUGAUAUAGGAGAUGAUUUAAUUAGGAAGGCGAUUUUUAUUCGGACUUCGAUUUGCGGUGCGGACCAUCCGGAAACCGUAUCUGCUCAAGAGACGCUUAGUAAGCUCACUAGAUUAAAUGCUGCUAGUGUUCUAAAUCAUACUUCACCAUAGAUUUUUAUUUUUCUUUUUUUUCUUUUUUUUUCGGAAAACGGAGUUCAUAAUAGAUCAUAACUUAUAGUACAUUUUUUUUAAAUAAGGUGAUUUAUAUAGAUAGAUGAGGAUUUUUUUUUAUAUAUACCAUCUUUUGAUUUA